AUGAAAUGUAAUUAUUUAGUCAACAGUCCAAGCAGGAAGGGAGAGAAUCACCUGAAGCCCACAACAACACAAGAGCUAUGGGAGGACCGGAAGUUCCUAAACACGUUCUUUCAUUACUUUGUCUUGUCGGAACGAGCGAUUUUAGUACAAGUUUGUCGCGUAUGGAAAGAAGUGAUAUACCAGCCCAAGUACUGGCGUAAUGCACUGCCUGUGUUAUCUUGUCGAGAACUCCGUCGCUGCUCCGAUCCAUCCAGGCGGAGGAUUUAUCGUAGCUGGGAGAAGCGAGGAGUGGAUUCUCUUGGAUUGUUUGAACUCUCUGAUCCUGAUAUUGUGGACUUGAUUUACAACUGGCCACUGGGUAACUUGCGACAUCUAGCAGUUCGUUGGUCAAACAUUUCGAAUGAAGGGAUGAAAACUCUGCUGACCAGUUUCAGGUCAUUGAGGCAGUUGGAAUUAGUUGGAUGUAAUGACGUCACAGAUGAUGGGUUGUGGUCGAGUCUUUGCCCAAGAAUUGUAUCUGUAACCGUAGCAGACUGUGUCCACGUGGCCGAUCAUAGUGUGGCAGCUGUCUUACGACUUCUUCCUUCCUUAUACGAGUUCAACCUGCAGUCAUACCACGUUACUGACAGUGCUCUGGCCUUCUUCGGCCACCAGCGACCACCUACACUGACUGUCUUGAGGCUUCACUCCUGCUGGAAACUAACUGACCAAGGAGUAGAAAACCUUGUCCACUCAAUACCCACACUGGCCGAUCUGUCCCUGUCAGGAUGUUGUGGGAUUACAGACCGUGGAGUAGCAUUAAUAGCCACUCAUCUACGAAACCUGCGUUCUCUCGAUCUCUCGUGGUGUCCUAAGGUCACCGACGUGGCUGUACAGUACUUGGUACGGGGUCUCACAUUCCUGGAGGAGCUCAUACUGGACAGGUGCUCUGGUAUCACAGACACAGGAAUUGGUUACAUAUCCACAAUGACCAACCUCAACGCCCUCUACCUCAGAUGGUGUCCUCGUGUGCAUGACGCUGGUCUUCGACAGUUGUGUAGGUUGCGGAACCUUCUGAUACUCUCGCUGGCAGGUUGCCAGUUACUAACGGAAGAGGGAUUUUCUUCACUCGUUCAGCUGUAUCAUCUAGAAGAAUUAGAACUGACAAACUGUCCAGGAAUAUCACCAGAAUUGUUGAAAUACUUACACGAUCAACUUCCUAAAUGUUUGAUAGUAGACUGAGAUUGUUGGAUCUAGUUACGCCCUCUAGCAAAAUUUAGUGUUAUACUAAUGUUUUGAAGUACAUUCUGGACAUUUUUGUCU